AUGUCUAUUCAGUCAUAUCUCCAAGAUUUCUGGCGCACUAUCUACAUCAAGUUUCUCUUGUUCACUGUAACGCUUGCGCCCUUGCUGUUUGGCUUUCAUCUGGGUGAGCUCAAUGCGCCGUCGGCAGUCAUCACUUGCGAUAAGAAGUCCAUUCGGCAACAGUCAAUAUCUCUGCCACAAUGUAUCCCGAUGUCUGCCGCUGAGUUCGGCCUAGUGCAGUCCAUCUUCACUCUUGGUGGUCUUAUUGGCGCACUUGCAGCAGGACCUGUCUCAAGCAAACGUGGUCGAUUAUUUACCAUGCGGAUCAAUACCAUCCCAGUUGUUCUUGGACCUUUCAUUGAAGCACUUGCGCCGAACGUUGCUCUACUUUCCAUUGGUCGCCUGCUUUCAGGUGUCGGUGCAGGAGCAGGUCUUGUGGUUGUGCCUAUCUACAUCUCUGAGAUUGCGCCCUCUGCUUCGAAAGGCUUCUAUGGUUCUUUUACUCAGAUUAUGACCAAUUGUGGUAUCUUCAUCACUCAGCUCAUUGGAUACUUCCUAAGCCAUGACUCUAUGUGGAGGGUCAUCCUUGGCGUUGCUGGUGUGAUCGGCAUUAUGCAUACCUGUCAGCUUUUCUUUGCGGUCGAGAGUCCCAAAUGGCUUGCAGAACGUGGCAGACGGAAAGAGUCGAGGGAAGCACUCAGCAAGAUCAGAGGGACAGAGGACGGCCUUGACGAAGAGAUCAGAUCAUGGGGCAUUGAUGUCAAAAAGAUUGUCAGCGAAGGAGAUGAGGAGCCGGAACGACAAGGUCUUCUGUCGCAGUCAGAAAGCCAUAGUGCCGAGCAGCACGAGAGCGACGAGCUUGGUUAUAUUCAGGUUGUGAGGAAUCCAAACUACCGCCGUGCGAUCCUCGCUGUUAUUCUGGUAAUGGCGGCUCAGCAACUUACUGGUAUCAACAGUAUUAUUAUGUAUGGUGUCAGUCUUUUGUCAGGACUACUGUCGUCCUCGUCUGCAUUGCUCAAUAUCUUGGUCAGCUUGCUCAAUAUCGUUGCUACUACAGCCUUUGCACCGCUCACAGACCAUCCACGCCUUGGCCGCAAAGGUUGUUUGCUGGUCUCAAUUGCAGGCAUGGCCACCUCGAGCGUUCUACUUGGCAUCGGAAUACGCACCUCUACAAAAGUUCUGUCUGCGAUUUGUGUGCUGACGUUUGUUGCAUCAUUUGCAUUCGGCCUCGGCCCUGUGCCGUUCAUGCUACCAAGCGAAUUUGUGGACAGCAAAGGAGUCGGCGCAACGCAAAGCUGGGCACUAGCAGCUAACUGGAUUGCUACUUUCAUCGUGGCACAGUUCUUUCCGAUCGUGAAUGAGAAAUUAGGGAAGGGAAUUGUGUAUUUUUUGUUUUGUGGACUAGGAGCGUUCUUCCUGGCGAGCGUGUGGUGGUAUGUGCCAGAGACUAGAGGCAAGAAGGGAAUGGCAGAUGUAUGGGGAUUGGAAGAGGAAAGAGCUGGACAUGAGGAUUGA